CCUCUCCGUUCGUUCGUUUCGUUCGUUCCGUUCGUUCCUGGGCGCAGCCUGCCAGCAGCGUGGUUUUCUCCGAUCGCGCCGCGGUCGUCACUCCUUCAUUCUCUCUACCAUCAACAAGCUGGCAUCCCGUUGAUCUAACCAGCUCUACAAUCGACCUUUUCUCCGUCUCAUCUUGUAGGUUAAUCGCCUCGGAUCCUCGUUCUACUCUGUCGCGCCAUUUCUAUCCAGCCGUCAGAAGACCAGCGGCCUUUACUUUUGUCUCUCACAAGAACCCGAUUGCCCUUUGUCGGCUGAAGCUUCUACAAUUGUUCCUCCUGCUUUUACUUAUAUAGAGGCAUCAAUGCCUGCGGAAUUUUCUCCUUCUUUGACCUCAAACCACAUUCUUACCAUGAUGCUGUCAUUGCAUUUCUUCAACUCAUGUCUAACCUUUGUCAAGUCUCUUCCUAGCUAUUCCACCUUCACCGACCGAAUCAUCCCAGACAACAUUACCUGAGCCUCCUGCGCACACCAAGCCUUCACGUACCCAGAUGACCUAGGCACGGACCAGCCUACCAAGGUCAUUUGGACCUCGAUAUCAACGAUAUUGACAACAAUUGAAUAGCUGGAGCGAAGAUGAAUCCGUACGAAGCAUAUGGCUCCCCUCCUGUGGAGAGGUCGCCUCGAUAUCGGUCGAGAGAUGAUGACUACGACAGAAGAGACACAUACAGGAGACGAUCACCUGUCGACGACCGACGUCGUCCAGCUCCUAGACCUCGCUCGAGAUCUCCGGUAGGCAUUGACCGCUACCAGCCCGAGCGAGACCGCGAACGUGAUCGACCCGCCCGAGAUGACUUUUACGAUCCUGCACGAUCCACGGCAAGAGAAAGAGACGACCGCAGAAGAGCGCCUUCCCCAAUAGCUGCCAAUAUCGACCGGUACGUUCCUGGUCAGGAGCCCACAAAGCCGUCCAUCAAAGUCAACCCACUCGCGAACCCUCUUUCUCUUGACACCCAAGCAGGCUUCAGCUUCUUUGCUGAUUGGUGGCGCUGCGAACAGCAAAUCAAAGAAGAAAAGGAAAGAGCCAAAAAUGGCGGAAGAAGACCAGACCGUAUCAAAGGGGAUCGAGAAGCGAAAGAAGACCGUGAAAGAGAGAGGGCCAAGAUCCAGGAAGCUUACGAUCAGUACAAGCAAGAAUUCCAGGUGAAAAUGGCCAGACAGUUCGUCCAGCAACACAAAGGUGAAGAAUGGUUCAAAGAGCGAUAUUUUCCCGAAGUUCGAGAUCCUAUCCGAAAACGCAUAAUGGACGCCCGUCAAAACGUCUUCCAGCAAUGGGAGAAGGACAUGGAGACCGGAGUCUUUGACGAGUUCACUCUGGAAGGCAUCUACAAGAGUGACAGUGAUGGUGCGGGUGGCAUGGUCGAGAAGGAAGAGGGCGAAGCUGUCGGCGGCGGCGAAGUCCUGGGUGUCUUGGAUCUCGUGCCUGCCAAAGGUGGUGACCUCAGAGAUGAAUCGGUCAAUCAGCCUGCACUACUCAUCAAGACGCUCGCACCGAACGUCGGCAGAGAUCGUAUCGAAGAAUUCUGCAAAGAACACCUGGGCGAAGAAGAAGGAGGAUUUAGAGCAUUGUCCCUCAGCGACCCGAACCCCGCCAAGAAAUUCCAUCGCAUCGGCUGGAUCAUGCUCAAUCCUGCUCCAGAAGAGGAUGGGGAAGCAAUGGAAGAGGUUGAGCGAGGUGAUGGGCGGGACGAAGAUGGCGAAGAAGGAGAAGCAAAGCCACAAGUCGAGAAGCAGUCCACGGCUCAGAAAGCUCUUGAGUUGAUCAACGGCAAGGUCAUUACGGAUUCUGUGAGAGGCGACUUCACUUGCCACGUCGGCGUGCACAAUGCACCAAGCGCCCCUCGGAAGAAGGCUCUUUGGGACUUGUUUUCCGCUCCAGAACGGGUUGAACGAGACUACGAGCUGGCGAGAAGAAUGAUCACAAAGCUUGACAUGGACUUGAACAAAGAUGAGACUUCAGGAGCUCUGGCCAAGAUCGAUGCUCGGGUCGAGCAGAUGCGAAACCAAGGUCUUCUCCAGCCACCAGCCAAACCAAAGAAACCCAACUUCGAAGACAAUGAUGACGAGAUCAAAUUCGAUGAAGAGGGUGAAGAAGGUGAAGAGAAUGAUGACGAACAGGACGACGAAGAGCUGUUGGUCAUCAAGAAGAAGCUUGACCUGAUGGUUGAGUAUCUUCGACGUGUCCAUAACUUUUGUCUUUUCUGUGUCUUCGAGUCUGAUUCUGUUCACGAACUGGUUCGUAAAUGCCCUGGUGGUCAUCUUCGAAGACCAAGAGCUGGCUUGAGCACAGCAGCGAAAGCAGCGGCCAGGGCGAGCGCUCUUGGAGAACCAUUUCCGGGCAAGAAAAAGGAGAACGGGUUCGAGGAUGAGCCGAUGAGUCCGGUACAGGAGAAGCGCCCUUCAAAGUACAACAAGAAUGAUCAGCAACUGCUUCGGGCCUUCAACUGGGUCAAGACGUUUGAAGAGAAGAUUCUGCAAAUUCUUGAGCCCGAGUAUGUCGACCUGAAGAAGAUUGGAGGCAAACCUGUUGAGGAAGCACUGGAUGAAGAAAUGGCCAAGUUCGUCAAGCAAGAAGAUGAAGCCAAAUACCGAUGCAAGGUCCCGGAGUGUACGAAGCUGUUCAAAGCCGAACACUUCUGGAAAAAGCACGUCGAGAAGAGGCAUGAAGACUGGUAUUCGACUCUCAAAAAAGAUCUCGAACUCGUCAAUCAAUACGUUCUGGAUCCGUCACACAUUGCGCCAUCGCGCUCUGACGCCAACUCCAAUGGGCAUUUCCCUCUACCUAACAACCAUCAUCUCAGUACUGGAACUCCACGUGGAUUCAGCUUGCAGAACAUCGGAAUGAACAUGGUAAACUUUGGUCAGAACGCCAUGAUGGGCAUGCCAGGUAUGCAGACUCCAUUCAACGCCGGCUUCAGUGCCGAUGGGAUGAAUGGUGGAAGUCACACUGGAGGCCCAAUUCGACGUGGUGGUGGCAGAUAUGGUAAUCGAACUGGUCCCUACGAUCGCAACUCACGGAACAAUCAACGAGGAUACAAUAAUAUGGGUGGUUUGCUAAGAGGCAGUCUCCCGCCUGGGCUCAACCCAGCAUUCAUCGCUCAAGGCGGAGGCGGAGGAGGUGGGAAAUGGGGAGAUGGUGCAGGUGGUGGUAUGAACGCCAUGGGACCGAGAGAGGCGGUCCAAGGACGAAGUAUCAAAAGCUAUGAAGAUCUUGAUGCUGCACCUAACGGGGCCGCCGGAAGUGGUUCUGGUGCUCAAGCUGCAGCUCAGGCAGGUGCUGGGGCAGAACUGGAUUACUAGUAAUGAUCUGGUUGUUCGGGGGAUACAGUGAGUGACCGACGUACAGCAAUUGGAUUGGCGAGAGGUGAAAAGUCUCUGGUUGCCGACAAGGGCUCCCAGUUAAGGGCACGCUCUCGGUCUCAGCAUUUCGGUGGUUGGAGUUUGAACUUCGAGGGGCCCUGGCGACAUGAAAUACUUCCGAAUGGCUGUCUCAAUACAGCAGUACCCCCAUAUGUAAGACAAGGCUCGUCGUUCCCUAUGAUUCCGGAGAUGGCAUGAUACCGUGGUUCAAGGGGAGUGGUUCAGUCGAGGUGUGCUUUGGCUGCGGAAGAGGUACGUAGGUUGCAAAUAUUAUGGUGGUGUGACAGACUGGGAGAGUCCAACCUGCUAAGCUAUGAAUAUGAUUACUUCCAAGUUUAGAAAGAUCAUGCAACGACGCCUCA